UUGCACUCAUCACUUGCUUCCUUUGAAUUCUUCUAAUUUCAUCAUGCCGCGCUCGGCUCCUACUCCCCCCGAUUCCAGUGAGGAGCGAGGAGAGACGUUCUCCUUCGGCAGCCAUUCCCUUGGUGGUUCUUUGGCCAUUCCGACCAAGGCAGGGCCAAGCUCGACCCCGCCGCCCUCGCCGCGGGACUCUUGGAACUCGGACUCUGAGUCCGAGUCAGUGCACCCCGAUCCUUCUGCUAAGAUCCCGGGGUUCAUCUACUACUCGUCGGAGGAGGACGAGAAGACCCCCUCUCCGCCGGUUCGUCGUGAGGUCCCCCCUCCCCAAGUUGCCGCCUACCGUGGUGGCCGUGGGCGUCGCCCUCCCGCUCCUCCGGCGGCGGACGUGAGUGAGGGUUCCGUGGCAUCUCAUCAUCUGAGUCGGCAAUCCCUUGAAGACCCGGGCUCGCCCAGCUUCGCCGAAUCAACCGGUCAUUCUGUUGUCAGUAGGGCUCCUUCUCCAUCCUCUUACCCCCCGCCUUGCCCUUGCGAGCGUGGGUGGAAUAGUGGCAUGCACUGAAGUUUGCCCGCACUUUAAUUAUUUGUAAUGCGCUUAAUUGUGGUAAGGCGUUCGUGCCAUGUACUUGCCCGUUUUCCGGGAUAAAUAAAAUUUGAGUUUGAUUAAAUCUUGUUUUCGCUU